GUUGUGAAAGUCGCUUUGGUAUAUAAUGUUACUCAAGGUCGAUGAGCUAGAAAGAUAACGUUUAAUUUAUUGGACAGGGAAGCUUAAGAUUGUCUUAGAAUGAUAACGAACAAAAAUAUCGCUGAGCUAGAAGAAAAGGGUUACACGAUCGUUGCCAACGUCCUUACAGGGGCACAGUGUGACCAAGCCAUUACCGAAUAUCGGACAUGGCUGGCCCAUUUCGGUGAGAGGUUUCCUAAAUCGUUUAAUUCUCUUAUCAAAGACCAUAAUGUUGGCCACAUGGAUACCACAUGGAGACUUCGUCUUUUGUCCAAACCGGUAUUUGCACAGAUCUGGAAGACUGACAAAUUGCUGACAAGUUAUGACGCCAUCGCUAUCGGACGUCCGCCGGAAGAUGGCGACGAGGACUUUCAAGAGCCAGGAAAGUACUGGUUACACGCUGACACAACGCCCUCCCGUGUCGGACUGCAUGCUUACCAAGGUGCCCUCUAUCUCGAAGAGCAGACGAAAAAGGAUUGGACAUUUCAAGUUAUUGAAGGCUCCCAUAAGUACUCAGAGAAACUUUUUCAAGAUUGUCCGGACAAGACGGAGGCGUCGCGGCGCUUGGGGUAUUACUAUAAACUAGUGGAUGGCGAUACGCAAUAUUUUGAGGACAAAGGUUGCCGGACGAUGCGAGUUCCAGUGCCUAAAGGAGGAAUGGUUCUCUGGGACUCCAGACUUGUGCACGCGAAUGCGAGACCUUUGCCGAAUCGGAAGACAAAGGGUCGUUGGCGUUUUGUGACGUUCAUAUCGAUGACGCCAGCUAUUUGGGCGAACGAGACGGACCUGGAGAAACACAGGGAGGCGUACCGGAAACCCACACUCACCACUCAUUGGUCCUCACAGGGAAUUCGCCUACUGAAGACCUCGUGCUCACCCGGUAUUCCUUUCCCGAACACCGUACCGGAAGUUGCGCAGACACUGGAGGCGCGCCAGCUGUCUGCGAUGGAGCCAUAUGAUUUCAACGACGGUCGGCCAAAUGGAGAUGAAUAUGUACCAAAAUGGCGUAAGAUUAGCGUUGAACUGGCGCCCGAACUCGACUUUGAAAAACAAUACGCGAACGGACACAUUUAAUUAAUUCAGAUCGAUGUUUGUUUUGCUGGUUUGUGAUUCCCGAUUUAAACCAGAUACUGUUUUAUGUGCCCGUAUUGACGUGUUCCACAGUUAUGCCGUUUCGGAUCUACCAAAUUAUAUACGAAGUGCACGCAUUAAAAUGAACACAAUUUUAAGGACAUUUAAGUUAAACUGGUGUUGAAAUCCGGCAGGAUUCAUUUAUUGAGUUGGCUUUAUUCGAAUAAUGGCGACCGCGACAAAAUCGUUAAAAAUACAUCAAUACAAUAAUUUUAAAAUUCAGUUUGUCAAACUUUUAGCAAAAAGACUGUAAGAUCCAAACACAGUAACCAGAAACUUUAAAACUAGAAUGUGAACAAGCAGACAUUGCUCACUUGCUCAAAACUAAAAGCUAUUUUAUCCAGGUUAUUGUCUAGUAAUUGUAUAUGUACAUGUGUAUAUAUGUUUAAUCACAAUAUUCGAUCAUUUUACGUCCGUCUUUAGUGAAUUUUAUGCUUGCAUUAGAUGUAUUGAAAUGUUUGAAUCAUUCUUUAUAUUGACCUUAUUCAAACAUGUGUCGUUUUUCAUAUAUAAACUAUCAGGCUUCAGUUUAUUUCAAAAUAUCUAGAUUUGGUUCAGAUACAAACCCCUAUUUUGUGUAUCUUAUACUGCAAACAAUAACGGCAGCAAGAGGAGUGAAGUUUGCCUCAAAUUUCCCUAGCAUGCAUCGUUAAACAAAUGAAAUAGGGAUCCUUCUAUCGUUGUAAC